AUGUCUGAUGGCAGAGUGCUGAUGACUCAGCACUUCACGGAAAGAACACUUACUCCAGGUGGUGAUAUCAGCAUGCAAUGUGCAGCUACAGCUGAUAGGCCUCCUCAAUUUACUUGGCAAAGGGACGGAGUCAGUAUAUCGAGCAACACUGACUCCAGAUAUUCUUUGGGUCAAAUAAUGCGAUCUGAUGGCACUGUGCUGGCUCAGCUCAAUAUAUCAAGGAUACGAGUGGAAGAUGGCGGAUUAUACUCUUGUUCAGCAAAAGAAGGUGAUCAUGUAGCUGCCCAUGAGAACAGGCUGGAUGUAUAUGGACCACCUUAUAUUAGAGCAUUACCGCCACUAAAAGUCCAGAGCGGCGAAACGGUCAAUCUCAGAUGUCCAUUUUAUGGAUAUCCAAUAAGCAAAAUUGAUUGGGAAUUUAAGGGCAAAACCAUUAGCUCGGACAACCUUUUCCAAAGAUACAAACGGAGUCAACACAAACGAAAAAAUCGCAGCGUUUCCAACAUCCACGGAGUGCUUAGUAUCCUAGAAAUUAAUAAGGACCACGAGGCUCAAUAUACCUGCAUUGUGACCAGUCCGUCGGGAGAAAUGGCGAGACGGACAUUCGAAAUACAGGUUAUUGAAGCGCCAGUGUUGGAAGAUCUUUUAUUUGGGAACAACCUUCAGGAAGGUCAAAUUGUAAAUAUUUACUGUAACGUAAGGAGCGGCGAUUUGCCCAUACACUUUGAGUGGCUGAAGGAUGGAAAGCGGAUACCGAGUGGUUUGAAGGUCGUUGAGAGGAGUUCAGAGCUAUUCAGCGCGCUGAUAAUAAAAAAAGUAUCCUUAGAACACUGUGGUACAUACACCUGCGUCGCAACCAACCACGUCGCAACUGUUAAUAAAACCACAGAACUGUAUAUAAAAGUUGCACCGAAAUGGGCAGAAGAGCCAUCGAACUCUUCUCUUUUAUUAGGCAGAAGAGGUGUUGUCUCGUGUAGCGCUAGUGGGUAUCCAAAACCUCAAGUACAUUGGAUGAAAAAAGACGCGAUUCUGGGUACAUGGCAACCCGUACUAGAACUUGCUGGAGGCGGCAUUCUAAGUCUGACAAAUGGGUCCUUGGUAAUAGACGAGGUAUCACUGGCAGACGAGGGACUGUAUUCUUGCAACGUUGAAAAUGGCGUCGAACCAGUCCACUUCUCCACAUCAUCAGCUAAUAUUACAUCACGUCUGGGUCAAUCAGUAGCGCUGGAGUGCCACGCUCUCGGAGACACACCUAUUACUGUACAAUGGAUGAGGCACGGACACGCACUGGAAGUGCACACUCAUAGAUGGAAACUGUCAGAAAUAAAAACCAACUCAGGUUUGAGAAGUACAAUAAGUAUACAGUACGCAGAAACAAAUGAUGCGGGAUUGUAUCAAUGUCGAGCGAGCAAUCCCUUUGGGAGCAGCAACUACAAUGUAUAUGUCACAAUACUGGAACCACCCACACCACCAACUGAACUUCGUUUGGAGUCAGUUCAAUCUCGAUUAGUGGCCAUAUCAUGGCGAACCAAUGACCGUGUAAAUGCCAAGCACUAUACCGUACAGUAUGCGCCUGCGCACCUCAGUGAUGUUCGUUGGGAGCUCGCUAGCACAUUUAAUGUCACAAGCAAUAAUGAAAUACGCCAAAUAUUCGAGCUGCAAAAUCUUCGUCCGGCGAACGGCUAUGCAGUUAGAGUUGCAACUGUCAACCAAGUCGCUGUAAGCCGGUUCACUGAACCUUUGCAUUUCACUACACAGGAGGAACCACCAUCAUCUCCACCACUACAAGUACGUGUAUCGCAAACAGAAGAGCCAGGUCAGCUAAGAGUGUGGUGGUCACCCCCAGACCCACUUUCACAUAAUGGCCACAUCACAGGAUUCCACAUAAAGGCUGUGCCACAGAAUGUUGGACCAAUUUCAGAAGAAUCAAACACGAGAAUGUUAAAAGUGCCACACCAGUCUGGAAAGCAAGAGACAAUGCUAAGUGGUCUAUUGAAAAAUACAAGAUAUGCUGUAACAAUGUCAGCUUUUAAUAGUGCUGGUUCGGGUCCAUUUUCCUCGCCAGUUUUUCAGGAGACUCGGGAAGGAGCUCCUGAAAACGCUCCAACUUCAGUUGAAUGUACAGCCGUUUCUUCAACGUCAUUGCGAGUAGGUUGGCAACCUUUGAUAGCACCAAGACAUGGAACUGAGAUUUUGGGAUAUACUAUUCUAUAUGCCUCUGAUGAGAGUGAUUGGCAGAAUCAAACAUCGAUUCAUACGGAACAGUAUUUGCAAAACUUACUAAAAUAUGCCAAUUAUACAAUUAAAGUCGCUGGGUAUUCCAGUUACGGUGUAGGACCGUUUUCUUACCCAAUCGUCUGCACUACUUUACAGGACGUUCCUUCACCACCAGCAGAUAUUAAAGUUUUAGUACUAUCACCAACAACAUUACUCAUCAGUUGGAAACCACCGGACAGGCCUAAUGGAGAAAUUCUUUUCUAUACAGUUUACGUCAAGCCAGUGGGAAGUGCGGGCGAUGCAGUUAUAACACAACGUAUAGAAUCUAUUCGCCAUACAGCAGAGGUGAAGGAUUUGAGCACUGGCCGGACUUAUGAAGCAUGGGUGUGUGCAUCUACCCAUGUUGGUGAAGGCCGAGCAAGCAAGAGAGUCACUCAAACACCAACGCAUAGAGUCGUAGCCGGAGUUUCAUCUUUAGGCGGUUCAAUAUCUGUUGGUGCGGGAUCGUCUCUUCUUCUACGAUGCGAGUGUGUCGGUGCUCCUGCAGCCCGUACGGUGUGGUACCAUAAUCACAACAUCAUCACCCACCAUCCCCGCUUUACACGGAACCACGACGAUACACUUCUGAUUAACAAUAUUGACGAAUCUCUAAGCGGUAAUUAUACGUGUCUAGCUAAGAAUCUGUAUGGUUCUGAUUCAGUGAAAUAUACAGUGAUUGUCCAACCAUUGCCGGAUUCACCAAUCCUUAGAGCAACGCCAUAUAAAGACUCACUUGUGGUCGAAUGGGAACAGCCACAUUAUUCCAUGACGAAUAAAUCAUCUGCGCAGAAAAUAACAUAUAGUUUAACAUGGAAAGAAGCAAACGGACCCUGGCAAGAGGCUUGGUCGACAAACGACUUACCAAAUAUAUCUAACGUCCAAAAGCAUACCUUAACUGGACUCAAGUGUGGAACUAAAUAUUCGUUAAGAAUAACAGCGACGAACAAAGUUGGAACCUCACAACCCGCGUAUCUGGAUAUCAGCACUUUGGGAACUGUUCCAAUUCCACCAUCAUCAAACGAAUGGUUAUGGAGCAACAGUUCGCACAUGUACAUCCAAUUAGCUGGCUGGGAGGGUGGUGGUUGCGAUAUGAGAGCUUGGGAUGUGGAGUUUCGUCCCCUGGGAUCAAGAAUCUGGACCAGAGCUAGGAAUACGUUGACAUAUUCGGAUACAAGUUGGAGUCUACCCCUGUACCAAGCAUCGAACUAUCGUUCAAGUUCGUUCGCUAUAGCGGACCUGUCUCCCGGAACGUGGUACCAGGUCCGGAUUACUGCCACUAAUGAGGCUGGGAGUAUAAGUAGCAUUUACAAUUUUGCUACUAAAAAUUUGGAUGGUAGUGAAGUGGGUCCACCGUCUGACAUAUUUGACCUGAAUAUGCUUGUAAUCGUAUUUAGCUCAAUUCUUCUUCUCGUCUGCCUCAUUUGUUGUGCUUAUAUUUUACUACGAAGACAAAGAACUGGAAACUUUACACAAUACAGAGAUUCUCUAACAACAGAUAAUAAAUCCGAGAAUGGUAAUCUCACUACAAAUGCGUCGCACAAUAACCUUACCAGCGCUGUGAAAGAAAAUGCAAUAAAUGCACAAAAUAGAAUUUAUAGCACACCAAUACCAGUGAGGAAUAAUGGCAAACACGAGCUAUAUGAAAUAAGCCCAUACGCACAAUUUGCGGUUGGCUUUAGAACGUUCGGGCAUGUUGACAACCAGGAUCCUCCUAUUGGCCAUAAACACAAAUAUUGUGAUACAGAAACAAGUUUCCAAAUGUGUUCUGAAUGUGAAGAUAGUGACACAAUAUCAAAAUACAGCGGAAGUAAAUGCUCACGUGAAACCUGUAGAACCCCGCAUCACAGGUAG